AAAAGCGUGGAACGGAUGUUUUGUGCAAUCUUCAUGACGAGCACAUUGGCUUCAUUGGAUGGAGUGUCUCUUGAGUCUCAAAUGAGGGAAGAUGCCGCAGCCUCUUUUUACAAUAAAACUGGCGUUGUCGUGAGGAUAGCGAGAUAGGAAAGCUUUCUAAUUGAAGCUUUUAGGGUGAUAUAAAUCGGGAGGUGAUGUGCUGCUUUGACUGAAGUCCACACCGACAGACAAAAUGAAGAGGAGGCUGCUUCGUGGGCUGCUGUCAGAAAUCUGCAUCCGCUUGGCACUCUUCGUGGUUUUUCUCGUGACAGAGCAGCUUCCGCCUUUCUACCGUGAGAUCCAACCAGAGGAGAUAUGGUUGUAUAAAUUCCAACGAGUGGAGCAAGAUCACGUCCCUACAUCGCUCAUGUUUAGCAUUGCUGUCUUCACGCCACUAAUUGUCAUCCUGGUCUUCACCAUCCUGAUGAAGCCAGACCGAGGCGACGCCAAGGAAGCAUCACUGGCCGUGACGUUGACGCUGGUGCUGAACGGUGUUUUUACCAACAUCAUCAAACUUGCCGUCGGCAGGCCAAGGCCAGACUUCUUCUAUCGCUGUUUCCCAGACGGUCAGAUGAACCUGGAGCUACGCUGCAACGGUGAUCCAGACGUGGUCAUGGAGGGAAGAAAGAGUUUUCCCAGCGGACACUCUUCAUUUGCUUUUGCAGGGCUGGGCUUCACAGCACUUUACAUCGGUGGAAAGCUGCGAUGCUUCAGUGCAGUUGGUCAAGGCAGGGCUUGGCGACUCUGUGCAUUCCUCACCCCUUUAAUUGUAGCGCUGACCAUUGCCCUUUCCAGAACCUGCGACUACAAACACCACUGGCAAGAUGUGCUAGUGGGCUCUCUGCUAGGCCUGGCCUUCGCCUGGCUGUGCUACAGGCAGCACUACCCCGCGCUUCACGAGGACAACUGCCACCGCCCUCUGAGUCAGGGAGAGCUUGUCCCUGCCGCACAGCAACACAAGCUAGCCAACUCCAACUACAUCCUGCCCAUGUAAAA